AUGCAAGUCGCCGAUGCUCUCCUACGUCUCUUGUGGACUUACAGGCCCAUCACGGCUCUCGUCGUGGUCUCGGUCUUCCUUCUCGUCUUUACAUACGCUCGAAGCCCGAGACGACGUCUCCCGCCAGGCCCGAGAGGGCUGCCCCUCCUCGGAAACGCCCUCGACAUCCUCAAAGAUCCGUGGCUGACGUUCGGCGGCUGGAUGAAGACGUAUGGUAUGCUCGUCCCGCGGUGCCCUCCACCGGCUAAACGACUAACACGACCCAAACCAGGCCCCAUCAUGCACUUCAUCGCCGCCGGAAGCGAUGUAAUCGUCCUCAACGACCUCAAAACCUCGUUCGACAUCUUGGAUCGUCGCGCUGCCGUCACAGCAGACCGGCCCGGUAAUGUCAUCAUAGACAUGAUGACGGGGUCCUGCUUCGUGCCGUUCCAAAGCCAGAAUGCAAUGUGGCUGCGCAUGCGCAAGGCCUCCCACACGGCGCUCCGGAGCAUCUCCUUCCCAGACAUCCGCCUCGUCCAGCAAAAGGAGGCUACACUCCUGGCGGCGGACAUGCUCAAGGACCCGCGGGACUGGCUGUCACACCUCCACCGGGCGGUAUCGUCGGCGAAUAUGAACCUGGUAUACGGGACGCCUUCCCUCGCGUCGGCGAGCGAUUUGAAGCUGGUUUGGCUUGAGGACUUUGUCGCGCGGAUAACCAAGGCUGCGUUGCCUGGUGCGCAUUUGAGUCAGGUUUUCCCCUGGUUGAGACAUGUGCCGUCUAGAUUCGCGCCUUGGAAGAGGCGCGUGGAGGAUUCGUUUGCGGCGGACUCUGCUAUCUUUGGGAGCUGGUUCGAGGAGGCCCGACUGAGAGGUGUCAAUAACGGCAACUGUCUCGUCAAGAACUUCGUAAAGGACCAGAGCCGGUGCAACUUGUCCGACACGGAAAUCAACUGGCUCGCGGCGAGCGUCAUCGCCGGUGCAAAGUCGAUCACGGGCGUGCUCGAGUGGUGGAUGCUAGCUAUGGUCGUUUAUCCCGAGGUGCAGCAGCUCGCCCAGGAGGAACUGGAUCGCGUCGUCAAGGAGUCACUUCGCUGGCGACCCGUCGACCCAAUAGGUCUUCCACAUCAGAGCUCUGAGGACAUAUGGUACGAAGGCUAUUUUAUACCCAAAGGCUCGCUGCUCAUCCCCAACGUCUGGGCCAUGAACCGUGAUCCACAAACGUACGGCCCGGACGCCCAUCACUUCAACCCGGCCAGGUUCCUCGAUCCCAAGACCGGGCAGCUCAAGCCGCUAGCGGCGGAGACGAAAGAACAGGGCCACGUCACGUUUGGCUUCGGCCGUCGGUUGUGCGUCGGGCGCCAGAUUGCGAAUGAGGAUCUCUUCAUCACUAUCGCGACGGUGCUUUGGGCGAUGAAGAUUGAGCCGAAGGUGGGAUACGAUGGGUUGAGUGUCCCUAUAGAUGUUGAUGGGUGUGUCGAUGACGGUGUCGUUGUGUGA